AUUGGAUAUUGGAUUGGAAGAGUACGUUAUACGACCUUGACGCUACGACAGAAUGGUUUUCUUUCAUCGUGUAGAUAGUUCCUAUCCAUUCAAAUCCUCUUACAGAUGUUACCCAGUUUCUUUUCUGGCAGAUAACUUUCGUUCUAGUGUGGAAAAAGGUGGCAAAAUUAUCAUGCCUCCAUCUGCUUUAGAUAUAUUGACUCGCCUAAAUGUUCAAUAUCCUAUGCUUUUCAAACUGACGAAUCAACAGAAUAACCGUACUACUCAUUGUGGUGUACUAGAAUUUGUCGCAGAUGAAGGAAGAAUCUAUGUACCUUACUGGAUGCUUAAAAAUCUACAUCUAGAGGAGGGUGGGCUGGUGUCUGUUGUAAGUGCAGCUUUACCGGUUGCUUCUUUCGCACGGUUUCAACCUCAGAGUACCGAUUUUCUCGACAUUUCCAACCCCAAAGCUGUGCUUGAAAAUGCUCUUCGAGAUUUCGCCUGUCUUACAGUUGGUGAUGUUAUCGCGAUUAACUACAAUGAGCGUAUAUAUGAGCUUAAAGUUCUGGAAACUAAACCAAAGGAUGCAGUCACGAUAAUCGAGUGUGAUAUGAGUGUUGACUUUGCAUCUCCAGUAGGAUAUCAACCCACUGAUUCUGGUUCUAUGCAUACUCAAGGACAUAAAUGUGCCCAGAAGAUUGAAGAAGAUCCUAUAGAAAUCCCGUCAACUGUUCAAGGCUUUCAGGCAUUUAGUGGUGCUGGUCAUCGAUUAGAUGGGAAAAGUAAACUAGAUAAAACUAAUGAAUCAGGUAGUGAUCAGUCACCAGGACAGUUGAAACCACGUGAAAGAGGCGUACCAAAUUAUAAUUAUCAACCUGGAAGCAUAACAUUUUUCAGAAAUAUGAAACAACUUGCUGCUUUAGAGAAAACUGACGAACCUGUUUUCAAACCAUUUGGAGGCGCAGGACAGCAACUGAAAUCAGAUGCUUUUAAAUGAGAUCGAAUAAUAUCUUGAAAUUUACAACUUCUUGUAUCUCUUAUUUCACAUUUAUAAACAUUUUUUUUAUUGUUGCUGUUAUUCAGCUCUUCAAUAUUUCUUUCAAUAAUUUGUGUUAUGAAGUUUUAUAACUGGGGAAAAUGACACUUUUAAGCAUA